CGCAACGUGAACACUGUUAGUGCAGCGACAGAGAAGCAAAGCUGGAGUUUGAGAGGAACGGGUGCGGUUGGGGAGAGCGAGAAGGCGCGCUCGGCGAUUUAAGAAAAAAAUGUCGCUUCAGGUGGUCACAGCAAAGAUGGCCGAAGUGGAAUUGAAGGAGGCAGUUGUGGCCUUGGAUAAGGUGAACGCUGAGAGGAAGAACGUUCAAACAAAAGACGGGGAGCCCACGGCGACGAGCUCAGCGGAGGAAAUCAAACAGCAUCAUUUGCCACCCCUCAGCAACACCAUGCCGAAGGACUCGAAGUCGGCGAUGAAAUCCACUGAGGCCACACAGAACGGAGACACUUUCAACGCGGACGGCACCGUCAUGGAAGCCCCACGGACCGUGAAGAAGCAGAUCCAGUUUGCUGAUCAGAAGCAAGAGUUCAACAAACGUCCAACAAAAAUUGGUCGUCGUUCACUUUCUCGAUCGAUCUCACAAUCCUCCACGGACAGCUACAGCUCAGAACUGAUGGGUAUGUCUAAUCAAAAUAAUGCGGCAUCUUACACAGAUAGCUCAGAUGAUGAAACAUCACCACGUGACAAACAGCAGAAAAAUUCAAAGGGCAGCAGUGACUUCUGCAUCAAGAACAUCAAACAAGCAGACUUUGGGCGCAGGGAAAUCGAAAUUGCAGAACAAGAGAUGCCAGCACUCAUGGCUCUUCGAAAACGAGCACAGGGAGAAAAGCCAUUGGCUGGAGCAAAGAUAGUUGGCUGCACACAUAUUACAGCCCAGACUGCGGUUCUGAUGGAGACACUUGCUGCCCUUGGAGCCCAGUGUAGGUGGGCUGCAUGCAACAUAUAUUCCACCCAGAAUGAAGUGGCUGCUGCAUUGGCUGAGAAUGGUUAUCCAGUUUUUGCUUGGAAAGGAGAAUCCGAAGAUGAUUUCUGGUGGUGCAUUGAUCGCUGUGUAAAUGUAGAAGGGUGGCAGCCUAACAUGAUCCUAGAUGAUGGAGGAGAUCUCACUCACUGGAUUUACAAGAAGUAUCCUAAUAUGUUCAAGAAGAUAAAGGGCAUAGUUGAAGAAAGUGUGACUGGUGUUCACAGACUUUACCAGUUGUCUAAAGCUGGUAAGCUGUGUGUUCCAGCCAUGAAUGUAAACGACUCUGUAACCAAGCAGAAGUUUGAUAAUCUCUAUUGCUGUAGAGAGUCCAUACUCGAUGGCCUCAAGAGGACAACAGAUGUGAUGUUUGGAGGAAAACAAAUCGUUGUUUGCGGAUAUGGAGAGGUUGGAAAGGGCUGUUGUGCUGCUUUAAAGGCAAUGGGGUCGAUUGUCUAUGUCACUGAAAUUGAUCCAAUUUGUGCCCUGCAGGCCUGUAUGGAUGGAUUCAGACUCGUCAAAUUGAAUGAAGUCAUUAGGCAGGUGGAUGUUGUUAUUACUUGCACAGGUAACAAAAAUGUUGUAACCAGAGAGCACCUGGAUCGCAUGAAGAAUGGCUGUAUCGUUUGCAACAUGGGACAUUCCAAUACUGAGAUUGAUGUGGCAAGCCUUCGAACUCCAGAGCUCACAUGGGAGCGUGUUAGGUCACAAGUCGAUCAUGUCAUUUGGCCAGAUGGAAAAAGGAUUGUGUUGCUGGCUGAGGGACGACUGCUGAACUUGAGCUGCUCUACUGUCCCUACCUUCGUGCUGUCAAUUACUGCUACCACACAGGCACUGGCAAUGAUAGAGCUGUACAAUGCCCCAGAAGGACGGUACAAGCAAGAUGUUUACUUGCUGCCUAAGAAAAUGGAUGAAUAUGUAGCAAGUCUUCACCUGCCCACAUUUGAUGCUCAUCUGACAGAAUUGUCAGAUGAACAGGCAAAAUACCUGGGAUUGAACAAGAAUGGCCCUUUCAAGCCAAAUUAUUAUCGGUAUUAAAUGCAAAAACUAUAACAACAAACAAAAGGAGGAGUCUUUCAUCACUACUGUACAGGAUCAAAACCUCUGAUUUAGAGCUGGCCUUGAUUAAGUAGUUUUAGGUAUAUAGUCAUUUAUUUAUUUAAAUAGAAUGUGUAUAAUCCCACCAGACGGUUUUACUGCACUAGAAGAUGACAGUGUUUCCGCUUAAUGUGAUUAUUUUUCUUCUAUUGCUGUAGUCUUUUAAAAUUUAAAAUAGUGAAUUGGUAACAUCCUAGCUAUUAACUGCGGAAAUGAAACAAUGCAAAAUGAAAAAUCAAACCGUCAGCUGUUUUAAAAGAUUUAAGGUGCACAUAUUCCAGUCUUUUUUUUUCUUUAGUUUGUUUUUUUGUUGAAUAAAACAGUAAGGCAAAGAAAUGGUUAAUUGCUUCAUAUUUUGAAUAUCAUUAUAGACUUCCUCUGAGGAGAUUUUUUUUUGGAAAGAAAGGUCCAGCAGAAUGAGCUGGAGCACUCAAACUAUAACUCGUCACUUAUGUUCUGUUUCCGAAUCUUUUUUAAGGAGUCAGGUCUAGCAGACUAGGAACUGUCUGACAGGUCAGGUAGUGUAGCACUUAAAAUUUCUUCUUUACAGAGCUGCUGUUCUUGGCUCAAGUCCCUGACAGUGUUUGAUAGUUGGUGUCACCUGUUGUAAAUGUGAGCUGCUUCUGCCUCACCUAGGGCACGAGCUUUGAGUCAUUGGAGCAUGUGAAGCCUAGAACAAUGUGUGGGACUGACUGGGUCACCAAAUGUUGCACAGGCAAUCUGCAGACCCUUCAUCCACCUUUUGGUAUUUCUUUUUUGAAUUUAAAAAAAAAGUGAGCUGUCUAGUUAUUUUGUGAUUGAUUCAAAGUACAAGUAGAAUAAAAUUGCAUUUUGGCUCAGCAGCUCUUAAAUGAAAGAGUGGAAUUAUUGGCUGUUUUAUAAAGAAAAGCUGCAUUUGUUAGCAUACCAGUGGAUUUACAUUGUUGAAACACAAUUGUGGUGUUUGAUGCCAGUGUGUUUUUGAUUUAAUUUAUUACUCUAUUUUUUCCCAUCAUCCUUGGAAGCUUCAAAUGGUACUAGCUGUUACAAACUUAUAGCUGAUGGUUAGGACUUGUGAUUUGCCCUUAGCCCAAUCUAACAUUUGCAUUGAUUUCGGAAUUUUUGUCUGAAGGUGUACUGCAGCGAAUUCGUCCUGGCAGUAAAUGGCAAAAUGUUACAUGAUUUUAACCAUAAACCUACAGAUUUUAAAACACCGAUUGGUCCACUGACCCUCUGUCAGCUGUCAGAUCAAGCUGUAUACAUUGCGCCAUUCCUGUCCCCAUUAAAUUUUCAUAUUUUGUACUCUAAUGACAAAUCACUUGCCCUAUCAAUGGCUACCAGUAUAAUUAUUUGUCAGAAAUAUAUUAUGUAUGUUAAGCAAGUGCUGUCUUAUUUAAACAUUUGGUCACAUCUGUUUUAGGAUCUCAACAAAUAUCUUGACCCUAUGCAUUUCUGCAAGCUGCUAUAUUUGUGGGUUUAUUUUCUUCAAAACUAAUGGCUAUAUCUGAAUCUCAGCCAGUUUUAGUGACUUAUUUUUAAUUUUUAUGAUCGUGGAGAAGGGGUGGCAGUGAAUGUAAUAAUUAUCAAAAGUAACAAAUAAAAGUUUGAGGGGAAGAGGACACCAGCAAUCUGCUCAGGAGAGCAGAAAAAUCAACUUUUAAAAGAAAAUAAAUCAUCUGUUUAUCUGCACAAACAGUUUCAAAGUUGAGGUAACUAUUUUAAGUACUGUAUUAAUGGUCAAGUAUUGUAGUAGAUGAGCAAUAAUGAAUCUGUAAUCAUUAAACCCAAAUAAAGUCUUGAUAAAAUUCAAA